AUCACGCUUUCGUGAUUUUUCUGACUGAUUAUAAAAUCGGUUUCUACUAGCUGGCGGCAUCACAGUGGAACUUUGCAAAGACAUCGAACAUGUUUCGCGUUGGGUUUUACUUAAUUCUGGCUGUUGCAAUUGUCGGUAUCGCCGGCAUAAGUGCUCAGGAGUGUCCUCCGGGUGAAUUCUUCAACCCUUGCGGCAGCUGUUUUCCCACUUGUCCCGAACCCGUAAUCGAGGGCUGCACGGCAGUGUGUCGACAACGCUGCUACUGCAACGAGGGAUUGAUCAGAUUGACGCACAAUGGCCCUUGCGUCCAACCCAGUGAAUGCCCGCCAAGAUAAAGUUCGAGGCUACUACUAACUAGGCUUUAAUUUUCAUAUUUUCAAUGACUCCACUGAUAAUUACAUGAAUUUAUAUAAAUGUCUGUGAUCAGUCCCACUUUUCACGGUGGACAAAAAACUCUAGUGAAAUGAAAAAGUUUGUGAUAAAAACAAAAUUGAAAUAAUUUUAUAUAUUCAUGCUUGCGGCCC